AUUGAAUACUUUAUUCAUAAUGUGUCGUGUUUGCAUUGCUUAGGGUAAUACGCUGGUUUGAUGGGUAAAUUAAGAUCCCCCCCCAUUUAUUUUGUUGUCAGGAACAUGUAAUAAUUUAUAUUGUUGAUAGAUGAAUUCAUGAAGAAGUAAGUGAAUAAGCAUAUAUAUAUAUAUAGUAUAUACAUACAAGACAAGAAGUGUAACAACAAUAAACAAAAGGAAAAGGAGAGGACAUUUUUUAAAUGGUAUAGCUGCUUAGAAAACGAGUAUUUAUUCCUUAAAUUUAAAGAUGAAUCAGUUUAUUUAUUUGAAUUUGUUACAGCUUCCUGGUUGUUAUUAAUUUCAUUUUUUUUAAAUGAAGGCGCUUUAUUCUGAAAGUAACACCUUUAUACUGAAAAUCGCAUCACAAAAGGUGUUCCGGUGUUGACCCCGACCGGAAGCUUAAGCUUGUUAUGAUACACUUUUCACGAUGAAAUGAAAUAAUAGCCAUAAUAACUUAAGUCACAGCCGGUCAGCUUUGCCGCUAGUUCAUUCAAAGUGUGCUACUUUACUAAUUACGUGUACUUACCAAUACGGAAACUACAAACUUCAUAAGGCACACGACCACAAGGAUGGAGGAUACCAAACUGGAAUGCUUGAACGCCCGUUUGGCCAAGCUGCUGAACGAAGCUGUGCAGGAGGUUGUGGAGAUGGUGAAGGAAACUGUGUCGGUGUAUCGGGAGAAAGCGGCCAGCACGCAAAAGGAAAAUGAGAGCCUGAGGAGAAGUCUGCUGGAGAUACAAAAUAUUCUGCAUGUCCACGGUCUGUUUCCUGUCCAGGAAGAGGGCUCGGAGAUUCAGGAGCAGAACCCCGGCCUCCCUUUGUGGCCGAACAAUACUACCCGUGAUUUGAAGCACAAGUACAAUGACGCGGGGUCACAGGCAGAGUGCGCUUCGGCCCAGACGCUAUUAAAACAAUGCAAAGAAGAACCAGAAGACGAGGAGCUUGAGGAGGCUCUGACUGUCCAGAUGACCACAGACGACGCAGUAAAUGUUGUUAAAAGAGAGCCAGCCGCUUGCUCGCUGUCUGGUCCGCCAACAUUGCAAGAACAUUACAACGGCUGUGUGGAUUUAAGCCCCUUUCCUCACAACUCUAGCAGGCCCGCCCACUCAAAUCACUCCAAGCACAGCUUUGACGGAGGAACAAUCCAGACGGAGCCCGCCAGGAGAGACGACUCCCACCCGUGUCUUGUAUGCGGGAAGACGUUCCGCCGGCUGGCCUACCUGAAAAUCCACCUACGCUGUCACACGGGAGAAAAGCCGUUCGGCUGCUCGCAGUGCGGGAAGACGUUCAGCCGAGUGGGGUACCUGAAAAUCCACCUACGCUGUCACACGGGAGAGAAGCCGUACGGCUGCUCACAGUGCGGGAAGCGCUUCAGUCAGGCAGGAGAUCUGAAGAAACACAGGAUGGUGCACACGGGAGAGAAGCCGUACUACUGCAGCCAGUGCGGGAAAAGCUUCAGUCGGGCGGAGAAUCUGAAAAGGCACCUCAAGAUGCAUACUGGAGAGACUUGAGUGUUUAUCGCAACAACAGUCAGUGGUAGGUAGACGUUAAAAAGUGACAUACAGGUUGUCCAGAAAGUCAAAGUUACAAUCAAGGACGAAGCAGGAAAACACAGAAAAUUGCCUGGGCCCUCAAAUGUCUCAGAAAAAGUGACUAAUAGUUUGGUGGGGGAUGUUCGAUUGAAAGCAAUUUUUAUUGUUUUAGUCUUAAUUCACACGCUUCAAAACACUAAAAAUGCUUAAUAUCGCACUCGUUUCAAGUGCUCCCACCUCACUUCUCAUCCAAUGGACUAGGCCAUCUUCUUACUGCACCUGUGCAGACUUGUUUCAGGAAAACAGUAGGAAAACAACCUUGUAGAAUCAUUUGGGGGGGAAAUGAAGCAGAGUUACGUAUCCCAAUGGAGCCGAGAAGAGGAAAAGGCGCUGAAUCUGUAUAUCCCAUUUUGUUCAAGAAACCAACAACCUGGCUAUUUUUCAAAAUAGGGAGGAUCCACCAUUUUCAAGUCACAGGCCAGCCCGACCCUGAAAGCACCGUUGUGUCAAAGCCUAAAGUUAAGCAGAUCUACAGUGUCGGAGGCACAGAUUAGCCUUAUUAGCAUUCGCUUCUGCUAAGUCCACAUACUUGACUAGUCGGUUUGCAUCGAUAGUUGCGGUUUUAGAAGCAACUUCUAUUUGAACACAAACGGUGGAGCAACACAUUUGGAUGGAUAAUAUAACAAUUCUCACAGGAAUAUAUUCUUUAUCCUCAAUGAAAAAUGACAAAUAUUACAGUAUCUUAAAGCACUGAUUUAUACAGACUGUUCGGAAACUCACUGCACUUACGUUUUAGUCAUUUGUUCCAAUAUACAAUACAGAAGGUACAUAUACUAUUUUGAUUGAAACACAUGGCCCUCACUGGGAAAUGUAUAAAUAAAAAAGUACCCCUGAUAGAAA